UCGGAAUACUUCAUAUCUGGAGGGCAUUAGGUUCUCAGCUACAAAGCAGCAAAGAUUUUUGGAAUAAUGCAAGAAUUCCUGAGGUCAAAAUGAACAACACCGGCAAGGUAUACUUGUGGGCAGAAGUUAGCAAUGGUAAUUCCACACCUGGCAGAAACACGACGUUGGAAUGGAGGGAUGGAGCAACGGGAAGGCUAACAGAUCUAGCCAUAACUGUCACUUCAAUCAUCAUUUUGUUCGUCACGAUGAUCUCUCUGGGCUGCACAAUGGAAAUAUCAAGGAUCAAGGAAUACAUCUUAAAGCCAAAGGGAGUGCUGAUUGCAUUGUUUUCUCAAUAUGGGAUUAUGCCCUUAACAGCCUUCAGCCUUGCCAGGAUUUUCAGACUGUCUUCCAUUGAAGCUCUCUCUGUCCUGAUCUGUGGCUGCUGUCCUGGUGGAACACUUUCCAAUAUCUUCUCGCUAGCACUGGAUGGAGAUAUGAAUCUCAGUAUUGUGAUGACCACAUGCUCUACAACGUUGGCACUUGCCAUGAUGCCCCUCCUUCUUUAUCUUUAUUGCAACGGCCUGUCACUGGUUAAUAAAGUGCCAUACAGAAAAAUGACCCUAACCAUCGUCUCAACACUCAUUCCUUGCAGCAUCGGCAUCUUUCUCAAUCACAGGUAUCCAAAGCAUUCAAAGACCAUAACCAAGAUUGGCCUGUUCAUUCUUCUUAUUGCUGCAAUAAUAAUUGUCAUCUUGUCAGUAAAGUUGAUUGGGGCUACUUUGUGGACCCUUUUCAACCCUCGCCUCAUUGUCACCACAGCACUGAUGCCUAUUAUUGGAUACACGUUAGGAUAUGCCCUUGCAAGCUUAUGCAGAUUAUCUCAAAGGUGCAAACGGACGGUUUCUAUGGAAACUGGAUUCCAAAACGUUCAGCUAUGUUCCACCAUCCUGAAAGUUGCUUUCUCCCAGGAGGAGAUUGGUGCUCUUUAUUUAUUUCCAAUAAGCUUCUUGGUAUUUCAACUUACAGAAGCACUAGUUCUUGUAAUGAUCUAUCGAAGUUAUGAAAGGAUAAAGAAACAUCAACAAAAUGGUACCGAAAGGAUUUACCUGACUGUGGAGAACACAACGGAUCACCAAACACAUCCUGAAUCUGAGAAACCUUGUGACUCAGCAGUGACCUUUAAGAUCAUUAACAUGGAGCACUGAAAGAAUUCACUUCUACUAAUUUACAAAAUGUGUUUUUUCUUACAUAUUUUCCACCAGGUUACAUCUAUUACAACAAACACAAAUAAUUUUAAAAAUGAAAUUUACUAUAUUCUUAACUUACCUUCCUUGACGCAGUAAAAUCUCCAUUUUAUAUUUUAUAUUCUAAAAUCUCCACAUAUUUUCCACCAGGUUUGUGGACCCUCAAGUGUUGAGUAUACAGGUCCUCCCCAGGUUACGACAGGAAUUAAUUCCUGUUAACUGUUCAAAAUCCGAGCACUUUGCAAGUUGGAAAUGCGGCUGCGAAUGAGUUCCCACGUGACAGAAGAUGCCUGUAGCCGGGAAAUCCAUCCUACAGGUCUUCCAAACACUCGAUUGUAUGUAUGGGCUGUAUAUUAAUUCAGGCACUUGUAAGCUGUGUAUUUAAGGCAGAGAUCAAUUGGCUUUUGGAUAUUAUAGAGAUCAAGGAACAUGGGGUUAGUGAAGGAAAGCGACACUGUGAUAAACAAAUCAGCCCUGAUCAUUUUGAAUAGCAGUACAAGUACAAGGGGCUGAAUAGCCGACGCCUGUUCUGAUUGGUAUUGGUAUUGGUUUAUUAUUGUCACUUGUACCGAGGUACAGAGAAAAACUUGUCUUGCAUACCGAUUGUACAGGUCAAUUCAUUACACAGUGCAGUUACAUUUAUUUCUAAUGUUGUUAGGUACAACAGACUCAGUGGUCACUUUAUUUCCUCAGUUGUAGGUCGAAGUCCCACUUCAGUGAUGAACACAAAAGCAGGAUGGUAGAGAAGGAAAGCUGUGCUUUGAAAUGUUGGACUAAGAAGGCCCUGUGUGCUCGGAUGGACUUGGAACAUCCUGGUAUUUUCCUCAGCCAUCAUCACUAGAAAAUAGAUGAGCUAGUCAUUUAACUUUUUGAUCUCUCUGGGUUCUUCCUGGGCCUGAAGCUGACUGCUGUGAAAGUCACCUUGGGGACAACGUUUUAAGCGAGGUGAAAUACUUAAGGACAAAAAGAAUGAUCACCUAGAAAUUCAGUCCCAUUGUUAAUGCUAAACAUGCAGUAUAGUGGUGUCAGUGUAUUGUGUUCUGCCUUGGAAAUUCAUUCCAUCAACUUCAGUGGAACACAUCUCAGAAACAGAGUAGAGAAUGCAGUUGUUAAUGCAUUGCACGUCCAGCAGUACAGAAAGGGGAUUUUAGAUUUUUUAAAGAACAUCAUAAUUUUGUUAACUGUUUCAUUUUUAACAGUUUUUAAAUCUCUCUGCUUUUCAAAAGUAUUGAAAAGCCUUGAGAGCUUUGACGUUGGCAAAGCUGGAGGUAUGGCUUCCCAACAGUCAAAAUACUUCAGUGGAGUUUUGUGGGCAAGGCUAAUUCUGAUGCACCUGUAUUCCUCAGUUAUAUUACAGCAUGAACAGGGCAAUCCUAUUAAGAGAAAUAGAACUUCCAGUUAUGAUAGAACCCUUUAGCAAUUCUGAAACAUAGGCGUUGCUGCAAUGUCAGGAGCACAAUAUCUGAGCAGUUCACAGCAAGGAGGUAUUGAUCAGAUAAUCUAUUUUAGUCACGUUAUCUGAGGGAUUAAUAUUGGCCAUGGCACAAUGGGCAACUUCCCUGCCCUGUUUCAAAAUGUGCCAUGGAAUCUAUCAUGUCUAACUGAGGAUGUGCACAAUUUAACAUCUUUUCUGAAAGAUGGCACCACUGGCAGUGAAAUACCCCAUGCACUGAAAGUUCAUCUACGCUUCUGCAAUCAAGUCUCUAAUAUGGGUCUUGAACCCAUAGUUUUCAGCUUCCAGGGUAAAUCAGACACUUAGGAUCUUCAUGCACAGUGCAGACGCUGUAUUGUAGUGUAGAACGUUAGCAAUUUCAAGCUUAUCCCAGUCUGAUCGAGAGAGUGACUCCAGAUAUCAAAUGUUUAAAAUUUCAUCCCAGUCAAUAAUGCCAUCAAUAGGGAGUAAAAGCAUGCAGAUUAUUAUCAAUCUUAACAUUGCAGCAGUGAGUUAUAUGUUGAAAAAAUUGUUGGGAAAAUACAUGUGUAGUUCUGAACUAAGAUCUAGAAAGCUAAUACCAAAUGGUUUGAAGAUAUUGAUUUUGCUUUGCUCAUACAGUGUUCAUUGGAACACCUAAUUAUAUUGGUGAAUAGAAGAUCCUUAUCUUUCUUAUCUGUAUCUACUACUGCCAGGUCUUUCAGUGGUACUAAUAAGCUACACAUUAUACUGCAUUCUAACAAGUUCAGGCAGUCUUCUAAUACAGUUCAUUUCAUCAGAAUGCUCCAUCAUCUCCCGAGUAACUCUGCUAUUUUCCAUUAUCAACGUAUAAGUGACAAGGUAAUGCAACACUAAAAUAUGCUGGGAAAGUUUCAUCUAGACUCACUGUGGCACUGAUACAGAUUUGCUCAGAGUGCAAUACUCCGACUAAAUAUUGGAACUAACCAGAGGCUUUAUUUAUUUUGUUGGCAGCAAAACAGCCAAUGCUCAGGGUUCAGUGGUUACUCUGACUGGGCUUGUUUCACUGUAGGUGUUCAGCAGCUUACCAACAAUUCUUUCUGCAGUAUUUCUAAAUCGAAUAGUUUCAUCACAUCUCUUGUGUUAGUUCAUGGGUCCCUUUAACUGAACAAUUGCUGAUAUGCAACAAAAACAGAAAAUGCUGGAAAUAUUCAGCAUAUCAGACUGCAUCUGUGGGAGGAGAAACCAAAUUAAUGUUUCAAGUUGGAGAUCGUUUGUCAGAACUGAAAAGGAGAGAGCAGCAGUGUCAGGUCAAAGACCAUUCAUAGAACUGGGAAGGAGACAAAAGAAGCUCAUUCUGCAGGGAGGGUGAAGUGGGGGGGUGGGGGGAGAUGUCUUUGAUAGGGUUAAACUAGGGUGACCAUGGGGAUAAACUGUAAACAGAAUUAUCUCGUCAAUGAGUGAAUGGGAGCAGUCAGAGAGUAACAACAUAGACAGAAUCAGAAACAAGUUUAUUAUCACUGACAUGUCGUAAAAUUUGUUGUUUUGCUGCAGCAGUACAGUGCAAAAAAUGGAGACAUAAAAAUUACUAUAAGUUACAAAAAUAAAUAAAUAGUGCAAAAUAUAUUAAAAGAACGUAGGAGUUACAAAAUCCUGCACUCCCAGAAAAAAAGUUGAAAAGGGAACAAAAACGCAAACAAGUUAUUGCUGUAACUACCAUCAACAAUAAUGAUCAGUUAGGCACAGAGAGAAUCUGUAUUAACUAACAAAUUCUUUUAUUGGAUCAGUUAACAAAAAGCAUGCAAAUCAUACAAAACUAAAGAAUCAUGAAGGGUUCUGGGCCCUGACAGAAACACUUGCCCACGCCUUCUAAUGUCCUUUUCACUCUACUUCCUCUCUGUACCGUGUCCUCCUGAGUACAGUUAGUAAUGAUUGAAGCAACCUUUGGAAAACUUAUGGUGUAGGCACCCUAAUCAAUAUACCUCUUGUGGGAGUCACUGCCCCACUCAAUAUUCACAUGAGCGUGAUCCCACGGAACUGUAAUCUUACUGUGGCCAUCAUUACCUGAUGGUUGCUCAAUAACUGGACCUAAAAACUGACUAAUCAUUAUCCCCUCUGGGAUAAUUGAUAAUGUCACCUCUAGAAUUUUAUUACAGAAGAACUGUACCUUUCUACCCUCCAGGAUACUCAAAGUUUUGUCCACACAUGUCAAACCAUCCACCGCCACAUAAUACAAAUUCGAGUCCUCUAUUUCCCUUUAGUUUUCCUGAGUUACCUGGAUCAAUUGAGAAAGGUUGUUUUUGAACACUUGGUAUUCACCAAGUAUCAACAUUGCUGCUGGCACGUUCAUCAGCUGCAAUGGUUUUGGAGCAAGUCCGACCGUGGCCUCAGUAACGGUUAAUUCCAUUGCAAUGAGAAACAUUACUCCUUUCAUGUUGAGUUAAGCCUGUAACACACAGGUGUAGUUUCUGCUCCUGUUUCCAGUUUCUUUCUUAUAUUAAGUCCAAAUUCUCCAUCUUUUCCCCCUAGAUUAUCCAAUCCAGGCUCCCAACUGUCUUUGGACUCAAGCUGUCCAUUUCUUUUUACCCAACUUUGUUUCAGAGUAGAAGAGGAAAGCAACAGUAUAUUUUUCUUUCUCCUUUACCCUGUCUUUUUGGCAGAAAUCCCCCCCCUGAUUUUCAGGAUUAGGGAACUGAGAGGCAUCCCCUUGAUCGGGUCGGUCCCCAUUUUCUUGGAACAGCUGUCCAAUCCUCAAAUCUCCCAAAUCGGGACCAUCAUGUAGUCGAUAUUUACGUGCUGAUGGUGAUAACUUUCUUGUUUCUCCCCCACCAAUUUUAGCUGGUUGAUAUGGUACCACCUGCUUUUACCUGAGCAAUCAGUACCUUGUACACCGAUGGACUUGCUUCGUCCAUAAUUUCAUAAGGCCCUGCAAACUUUGGGCUUAAAAAUAAGGUGGGUUGGUGUAUUCUAAUCAUCACUCUUUGUCCUGGGCUUAAUUCUACCGGACUAGUCCUUGAGUCAAAGUAGGCUUUACUUUGCUGCUUCUUUCCUAUUUGAUGUGCUGCCACAUAAUUGGCCUCCUUCAUGGUCUCUACUAACUAUUGUACCCACUUUUCUGACACAAUCUCAUCAACUUCAGGUUCUGACAAAUCUAAUCCUAACAACUCCUCCAUUCCUCUCAUGUCCUUUCCGGUCAUGAGUUUACAUGGGAUGUAACCUGUUGAAGAUGCCACUGUAUUCCUUACUAUCAUCAGUACAUAUUGCCAUGUUGUUGCACCAUUCUGGCCAUCAUAUUUUUCAGCAUUCCAUUCAUCCUUUCCACAAUUCCACUAGACUGUCUAUAAGUUAUGUGAAAUCUCUGCCUGAUCCCUAAAAGAGCCAUGACAUCUUGCAUUACCUGCGCUGUGAAACAUGUGCCAUAAUCCAAUACUAUACUCCGGGCUAAUCCCCAGCGAGUAAAUACUCUUUCCAAAAAAAUUUUUGCAGUGGUUUUAGCUGUAUUUGUCCCGGUCGGAAAAGCUUCCACUGACUUGGUAAAAGUAUCUACUACCACUAGAAUAUAUUUGUACCGUCCUCAAGUGGGUGGCAGUGGUCCUACAUAAUCUAUCUGUAAAUUAGUCUAAGGCCCUUUCACUGGUGUGGUGUGUUGGAGGGCUCCUUCCUUUACAUUUUAAUUGGGAUUAUAUUGUGCACGUAUCAAGCAAUUCUUGAUAUAAUUUUCCACAUCAUCCUUCAUCCUGGGCCACCAGCACACCUCCUUUAUCUUUUCCAGGGUACUUUCAGCUCCCUGGUGUCCCCAUAGGUCAUGGUACCAGUGGAUCAUUUGGUUUUGUCCCCCCUGUGAAACCACAAACUUCCCUUCACAUAAGACUACUGCAUCUUUAAAAUGUAUUCCCUUGUGUUCUUUGUAUAUUUCUGGCCCUGCUCCUUCUAAUUUUUUUAAUUCUUUAUCUUUCUUUUGCUCCUCUACUAAAUUCAUAACCUUAACCUGUUGCUCCUUCUGCCUUCAGAUCUCCCCAGUCUGCAGCUACCAUUCCUGAGCGUUUAAAGCGCCUUGUUCUGCUAAUUCACCAGCCUUCCUAUUCCCCUCAGGGGAUAAUUUUGAGUGGGCUUUCACCUUUAUGACUCUGUAUUCCUUUCCCUUUGCUUCUUCAAAUAUGUACCGCAAUAAUGAGGCAGAUGGGAGGGGCUUUCCGUCAGCUGAAACAAAUCCUCUGCCUUCCCACAGAGGCAAACGUUCUAUAAGGCUGUUACAAACAUACAUACCAUCAGAGGGUAGUUUGACCGAUCCAGGCGAAAGAACAUUCUGGGUGGCCAACCACAUAUACUAUGGCUGCCAAUUCUGCUGCCUACGUACUCAUGGUCUUGGCUAACUUUAAAGCUACGUUACACUUUUCCUGACUAUGUUCAUCCUCCACAUAUAUCCCGCACCCAGUUUCCCUCUCAUCUUCCUGUACGGAUGAGGAACCAUCUACAAAAAUGUUUAAAUCAGGUUUUUCCUUUUCCUUUGUGUCUAUGUUCUCGGGCAUUGCUUUAUCUGAUCUACUUGUACCCCCUCCUUUUUGUUUUGAUACAAAUAGUCCAUUGGGAUCAUUUGCUAUCAUAACUUGACACUCACAUUCUCCUCCUUGGUACACCAGGUUGUCGGCUAACAUAGUGGUGGUUUUUUACUCCUUUUACAACUAUAUUUCUCCCCUGAAGCAACAGUGUCCAUCUAGCAAUUCUAUUUUGGCUUACUGAACCAUCUUUAAUCCUUCCAUCUCGCAGUAAUUGUAUUGGGGGGAGGGGGGGAUUGGUGUUCUGUCAAUCUUGUAAGUGGAUACCAUCGGGGAGGAGAUACAGGAGCCUGAAAGAUCCACACUCAGUGCUUUAGGAAGAGCGUCUUCCUCUCUGCCAUCAGAUUUCUGAAAGGUCCAUGAACCUAUGAACACUGCCUCGUUAUUCCUCUUUUGCACUAUUUAUUUCUUUUUGUAACUUAUAGUAACUUUUAUGUCUUGCACUGUACUGCUGCCGCAAAACAACAAAUUUCAAAUUUCAUGAUAUAUGUCAGUGAUAAUAAACCUGAUUCUCAUUAAGUCCCACUAUAUAGGUAAAGUGUUGUACUGCCCUAAAAACAGGGAACAAGUGCUUUUCACAUACCUCGUACCCUUGUUCUACUGGUGAAAGCAUACGUGAUACGUGCGCUACUGGACUUAGUUUCUCAUGUGUCUCCUGUAAUAGCACUGCCAAGAGGGUGCUAUCAGUAGUGGCCACCUCCAAGGAGAACAGCUCAUUUGGAUUUGGGGUUUUUAGAGCAGGCACAGUGGUCAAUGAUUGCUUCAGAGCUGCAAUGGCCUGGGUAUGGUGUGAUUUCCAUUCCCUCGCCACAUUCUUUCUCAGUAAACUCAUUAAGGGGCUGCCUUUGUGGCAAAUCCAUCAACAUGAUACCUAUAGUAUUCUACCAGCCCCAAAAAGAAUCUCAGCCCUUUUAGGUCUUGGGGAACAGGUAGUUUCAUAACUGUCUUUAUCCUUUGCUUAUCAAUUUCUCUUUUUCCUGGUGUUAAGACCAUUUCCAAAUAACUAACUUCCUGUUUCAUCACCUGUGCCUUUUUAGGGUUUACUCUUCGUCCCAAUGCAUGUAAUAAUUGCAGCAAUUCUGCUAAUAGCUGAUAAUGUUCCUGCUUGGUUUCAGUCUGCAGAAAUAAAUCAUCUACAUACUGCACUAAGUACUCAAGUAUUGAGAACCAUUUUAACCCUUCUCCUAAGUGCUGGUGAAAUAUGGAUGGGGAAUUAUGGAAUCCCUGUGGUAGGACAGUCCAUGUAUACAGCUGUCCUUGAAAAAUAAAUGCAAACUUUUAUUGACACUCUCUUUCUAGUGGGAUAGACCAAAACCCAUUACUUAUGUCCAAAACCGCCCUUUCAUUCUGUUUAACCACUGGUUCUAAACUAGUUGCUAUGGCUGGGGCUGUUAACAGGGUUAAAUUAUUCCAUUCCUGAUAGUCUAUUGUCAGUCUCCAACUAUCACUUGGUUUCUUUACCAGCCAAAUGGGUGAAUUAUUAGUGGAGGCUACCGGCCUCAGUACCCCUUGUUGUACCAGACUCUGUAUUACCUUACCUACAUCUCUUGCUGCAGCAAAACAAUAGAUUUCACGACAUAUAAAUCAGUGAUAAUAAACCUGAUGUUGAUUCUGA